AUGAAGAAGAGAUUCAUAGGUCGAUCUCGCCAGAAGAGGACGGUUGAAUCGCAUUGUACUGCAGCCGAUUGGCUUUUAUACGACGCUCAGGUUGACGCAGUCUACGAGACCACCUCGCUCGUUUCGGGUGAAAACGGGUUGAGUUUUGUCCAUCAUCUGAUGGACGUCAUCAGAGCUGGGUUGCAUUCCUCUAAAAGUCUCACGUUACACCAGAGCGAGAAGACUAUCCGGCUCUAUCUUACCUCUUAA